GAAGGCAGGGUUUGUUUUGAUUUGAGUCAUUAAUAUUUUCCAGAGUUUCACACAUACAGAAUUCCAUCAUCAAUAAGUAUUUCGUCUGAUCUGUUAAAUAUUGUCCUGUUUUCCUCUACCGUCAGGAGAGUAUGUAGUUCUUAUUUAAAAGACACACGUCUACUAAGUGUUCCAAUAUAUUCGGGUUAGUCAAGACUCGAGUCAAGCAAGUUGGGCAUUUUCGUUUCUUUUCCGUCCUUGCACACACCACACACGCCCGUGGGGAGAGCACUCAGGGAAUCUAAGUAGUUGAGUGUUUGGAUCCAAGUGUUUACCAAUAUCCCUGUCACUGACUCUGAGUGUAGUUUCACCUAAAACUAAUCGAUUUGAACAUGGGUGAAUAUGGAGAAGGACCCAAGAAAUCAUCGAAGGACGACUCGACAUCAAAUAGCUUGACAUCCACUGCAACUGAGGAAGAUAUGGAGCCAACAGAAGAGUACACAGUCUUGGGGGAGACACUCGACCAGCUCGACUCUUGCCUGGAUGACCUGGAGCAGAAGAACGACUCCUUGAAUAACAAGCUCAAGGAACUUCUUGAAUCAACUCAGCAGAUUCAUCAAGAGAUGUCCGCAGAGAGGUUGAAGGAGGAGUGCUCGAACAUGGACACUACCAACUCGUAACACCUCAGUGAAACAUGGGUAUCCAGAAACAGGUCUGAUGCUUCACGGAGGGCCAAGACUCGGUCAUUACCAAUUCGUAACACCAUUGUGAAACGUGGAGAAUAUACCCCUAAACAGGCCUGGUAAAAGUAAAUUAAAUUUACAAAGGCAACGCAGACAAUUGCCUCCGUUACCUCUUGUCGUUGCCUUGAUACCCCUUGAAAUGUUUCAACACUAUUGGGAAUUGUUAAUUUCUAUAUAAGGCAACUUGUGUAGAGUGAUCAUUUAUUUAAUUGAACUUGAAGAAGUUGACAUACGAUAAAUAUAGCUGUACAUAAUUGGUAAUCAUAGUAUAUUUGUAGGAUUACAUUGUUACUGACUGCCAGUGGGGGCAUUAAUAGCAGUAUGAACCAUGAAGGGGCAUUAAUUUAUCACUAUAGAUCUGGCUGCAGAGCCUGAUACUAUAUUGCUCAGCCUUUUGCAGACUUAAUUUUUCACCAAAUGCAUGUGUUAAAAUCAUGGCAGUAGUUCUGAAAAAUGAGGAGACAAAUGUGAGAUCAAACAAGGGAAAACCUUAAAAACACUGGCAUUUCUAUAUUAUGCAGUGAUGAAACAUUAAAAGUUCUCGCAUAUCAAAACAAGGCUCAACAUGUUUUUGAAAUUGUGUAGGGACUCUUGUUAAAUUGGCUUCAACAGUUUGACGUUCACCUGGAAAUGGGUUUAAAUACAUGUAGGUCUUGGUCAACCUGUAAUAAAGGGUUUGUGUUCUUAUCUAAAUCACCAUCUUAAAUCCAUUUUGAGGAUGAGUGUUGAUCUGUAAAGGAUUAAAACUCAUCAAAGUCAAAUAUGAUUUAGAUUUUAUUCAGUAUCAAAUAAGAACUAAUUAAUUACAAAGCUACGUGCUAUUACUGAUUCAAAACAACAAAAAAUACGAGUUAAAAACAAAUAAAGAUGUUAAGAUUGGUGUCUUAUACCACGUGAAAAAGGUGACGGUAAUUUCAGGAACUUGGAAGUUAAAGUAAAAACCUUGGAAACACAUUCUCAUUACUGUGUUAAAGUGUUUUGGGUUCACAUUAAGUACAAAGAAGCUUUUACUACUGUUACCAAGCAUAUUGUUUUGCAAAACACAAAGGAAACAAACUACAUCUUUAGUAAUUAUUUGAAUGAAGUUACUUUAAGCUACUUUUUGUUGGAAAACUAUUUUGGGGUCUCAUUAAACAUUUCAUCAGUACCUUGAACUGA